AGCGUGGGUAUAAAUGCAGCGUUCCUUUACUGUUCCUUUUUCUCUUUCACUCUUCUUCAGAUUCCGAAUUACCCUUCGCUUCUUCCCUCUUCAUUUUCUCUCUCUCUCUCUCUCUCCAAAUUACAAGCGCUGUGUCUGCAUUUUGUCUGAGUCUUCUUCUGUGGGUGACAGUGUUUUUGCAGAGGAGACUGCCAGCAGAAGGAAAACGAAGGUGGGGGCUCUAAAUUCAAGCUCUAAUUCAGCUAAAAGUUUGUGGAAAGUGGAAUAGAAUCUGAAAUGGAUGCUUGUUUCUUGUUGGAAAGAAGUUGAAAGAAGGUGAGUGAGGGUUUGUUUUCUGAUAGUAUGAAUGGGAAGGAUGAAUUUGAAGUUGAGAGUAGGACCAGUGAUCCUAUGAGUAUCUCCUCCGGCUGGCAAUUUUCUGCUGCUAAUCUCACUAAUGACUCUGUGGGAUAUGUUUCGACCGGGAAUCACUCGGUCGUUAGCAAUGGGGAUCUAGGUGUUUCUUCUUGUCCUUCAACUUCAAUGCCUAACUUAUUCACUCCAACCCUUUUGAACCAUCAUACCAACAUGCAAAACUCGGGAUUCUGCAGCAUUUUUAAUGAACAAAACAGCAUAGUUACUUCUAAUACAACUGCAGUUGAUGGAGAGAGUCUGAAUUCUUUGAGAUCUGGUAGUGAUAGAAUGCUGGGUAUGGAUUGGAACCAGCAAAAUCCAUGGAUGAAAGGAGUUUUCUCGGCAAACGUUCCUGGAACGUUUCCAGCGAGUUUGUCUCAACUUCCAGCUGAUUCGGCAUUCGUAGAGCGUGCAGCAAGGUUCUCCUGCUUCAAUAAUGGAGUUUUUGUGGCACCGCCCACCGGUCCAUUUGGUAUUUCUGACUCUAUUAGCAUUCAUUCUAGGGGUGAAUUUGGAAGACAAGAAGAUAUUUCCAGAAAUGGAGCCGCCAAAGAUGUUUCUUUGCCCAUGAAGUUUGAGGAGGCUAAAGAAAAGAAUCCACCUAAGACUGAGAAAGAAAGUGAGAGGUCUCAAGAUAGGGCAAAACAGGGUUGUGUUGGUGAAUCUGGUAACGAAUCUGAUGAAGCUGGAUUUAGUGGGGGUCAAGACGAGCGAUGCACGCUGGAGGGUACUAUCACUGAGCCAUCUACUGAAGGUCUCUGCUCCAAGAAAAGGAAAAGGGGUGGGCAGAAUAUGGGACCUGGACAAGCUAAAGACGCUCCACAGCAAAUUGACGAAAUUGCGAAGAACAGAGGAUUAAAUCAGCCAAAGGGAGACCAAAAGCCUGCAGGGAAGCAAGGAAAACAAGACUCUCAAGCAUCGGAUGCUCCCAAAGAAGAAUAUAUUCAUGUUAGAGCUCGAAGAGGCCAGGCGACAAACAGUCAUAGUCUUGCAGAAAGGGUAAGAAGAGAAAAAAUAAGUGAAAGAAUGAGGCUCCUUCAAGACCUUGUGCCUGGGUGCAGUAAGGUCACUGGCAAAGCUGUAAUGCUUGAUGAAAUCAUUAACUAUGUACAGUCACUGCAACGCCAAGUCGAGUUCUUGUCAAUGAAACUUGCAACAGUUAAUCCCAGGCUCGAUUUUAACAUCGAAGAGCUCCUUGCAAAAGAGAUCAUUCAAUCCAAGGCUGGUCCAUCCUUAUUUGGUUUUCCUCCUGAUCUGCCUAUGCCUUACCUCCUGCAACAUCCAUCUCACCAAGGACUUGUUCUGCCCUCUCUUCCUAAUAUCGGGAACUCCUCCGACCUGCUGCGGAGAACAAUUAAUUCCCAGCUUACUUCAUUUGUUGGUGGAUUCAAGGAGCCAGUUCAGCUACCAAACGUGUGGGAGGAUGAGCUCCACAAUGCCGUUCCGAUGAACUUCGAUGGGACUGCACCCUCCAAUGGCCAAGAUGUCGAUGGUUCGACUUCACAAUGCAACACAAGGGCAGAACUCUGAGUUUGCUUACAAGUUCUUGUCCUUCACAUGAUUCGCCAUUGUAUAUGUUAAAUUAGCAUAUGCAUUCUAUAGAGAAUAAUGAAAAUUUCAAUUCUGCCAAGUUUGAUGGUGGAUUUCGCGGAUAAGCUUUGUAAACAUGGAAGGGUGAGCAGUCAUACCGAAAUCUUGGCAUUAAGAGAUAUGAGGAUCGGGAAUACGAGCAUCGAAUGCAAUGCGUUCACAUGUAUGUCAAUGCAAGAAUUGAGAAUACCACAAGGAAAAGAUCUGCUGCACAAAAUUGAGAAUGUUAUAAUGGAUCAGAAAAUAGACUGCUACCUCCAAGAAGAUUGAGAAGGAAAGUUGAGGAUGAUGUUUAAGAGUGAGAGUUGAACCAGACUGCGCCAAGUUUUGCACCAUCUCCAUUAAAAUUUAUGAUCUUGCUCUGUUUGUGAACUGUAGUCUUUUUACAUAUUUUAGUUUCUUUCUUCCAUCCUUUUUUUUGUUUUUUUUUGGUCUAAAUAAGAGCUGUCUUUACAAUCUUCAAACACAACAUUUGAUAGCUAAAGCCAUCUUUAGGGGUAAGACAAUUGAAAAUGCAAGAUUUCAUUGCACUA